UGAAGAAAGAAAAGCACGAGGCGUGAGAAAUGGAGCUGCAGAAGACCGACACCGAAUUCAACAGUGGACUCGCAGACAACGAAUACGAACCAUUCCGGCAUCGUCGCGUGAAGAAACCAAACUCUACCAAUGGCACGAUCAUUCACAUGCUCAAAGGAUCGCUCGGAACCGGUAUCCUGGCAAUGCCGUCCGCCUUCCGUAACGGUGGGCUAGUAUUUGGAAUUAUCGGUACUACGCUCGUGGGAAUCAUUUACGCACACUGCGUGUAUCUACUGGUAUCAACAUCGCAAAAAUCGUGCAAACGAACCCGCGUGCCCGUACUCGGCUUCUCGGAAACUGCCCAAAGCGUCUUCCGCCAUGGUCCGAUCGCGACCCAACGUUUCGGAAAUGCGGCCAAAGCGUACAUCGAUUACUCCUUGCUGAUCGUCAGCUUCUUUUCCGUUUGCGUUUACCUGUUGUUCAUUGCAACAACGCUGCGAGAUGUAGUCAACAGUGAGCUAGGCAUCGACUGGGACACUCGUAUCUAUAUCCUGCUGACGGCGGUUCCGUUAAUCUUCGUUACGCAGGUGCGCGAACUUCGGUAUCUGGUACCAUUUUCAGCCCUUGCCAACAUGCUGAUACUGGUUACGUUCGGCAUCACGCUGUACUACAUAUUUCGCGAACCGAUAGACCUUUCGAAGCGCGAACUAUUUCCGGAAAUUACCGCACUGCCCUCGUUCUUUGGCACGGUCGUGUACGCAGUGGAAGGGAUCGGCGUGGUGCUUCCGGUUGAAAAUAAGAUGAAACACCCGCAGCACUUUCUGGCCUGUCCGGGAGUUCUUAGCAUCGUGCUGAGCUUUAUCACCGUCCUGUACAAUGUGACGGGAUUUUUCGGCUACGCACGAUACGGACCUGGCACGCGAGCUUCGGUGACGUUAAACCUGCCCAGUGAAGAGAAACUUGCCUUAUCGACACAACUGCUUGCUGCACUGGCCAUUCUUUUCACACUCGGUAUCUACUAUUACGUGCCAAUGGACAUACUUUGGCGCAAGGUGAAACAUCGCUUCCCAGCGGAACGGCACAAUAUCGCGCAGAUCGGAAUACGCUUCAGCAUUCUGGUUGCAAUGACGGCACUAGCGCUGGGCGUACCGGAACUGGAACCGUUUAUUGGACUUGUCGGAUCGAUCUGUUCGGCCACCCUCGGUCUACUGACGCCGAUAGUGCUGGAUACGGUGUUCCGAUGGUCCUCUCCCGGUGCAUUUGGCGUUUUUCAGUGGCGGCUGGUUAAAAAUGUCCUCUUAUUGGCGUUCGGACUAUUCAUUCUCGUUGUUGGAACAUAUUUUAGCAUCAAAGAUAUCGUCGAUAUCUACGGGUAGAAGCAGACUCAUACAUACAAAUGAUUCAUAACCAUUGACUAUUAGGUCCGCAGUAAAAGACGGCAACAACGGUUCGUACCAUUUUACGAAGCAAACAUUCAAGUCCCUGAAAGCAACUCGACGGGUUUCAAUUUUGCUCUCCCCGAACGUUUCUCAUCCGUAACUUCACCUACCAUAGUUCUAUGUGAAUGUACGUUUAUUUGCAAUCCAGAACGAUCAACUAAUCUAUAGCAGUUGAUCAUCGUCAUUCCACGUGCGUUAUAAUCUCUACUGAAGCUUACAAUAAAUAUAGGCAUGGAGUAAGUAGUAUUGGCGGUAGCAGCUUAACUGACAGUCCUUGUAAACCGUGUACGUUUGUGAGAAUGGAGAGUUCUUCUGAUCAUUAAAAAAAAGCACAAUGCCUUGAGGUUCACCACAUUACAACAAGUUGCCUCAUUUCUAAUUAAGAAUCACUAUGAAAUCAAUCCCAGCCACUCAUUUGCAAAAUAAAAUUAAGCUGGAUCUUUUUAACUUGAUCAAUA